UCACGCAGCUCCACGCAGCCCCAAGCAGCUCCACGCGCUCCUCGGAUGAAAUCCCCGGUCCCCUUCGCAACAGCAUCACGGGAAAAGGGCUCGUGCUUCCGCUGAGUGCGCCUCAGUCCCAUCGCAGGAAGCAAUGGCUGAUAAAAGCCCGUCAAACCCGCGGGAACUCACACAAAACCCGCUCAAGAAGAUCUGGAUGCCCUGUAAAAAUGGCCUUCCCGAAAACCACAUUUCUCAGAGAAAGGUAUGCAUGACCAACUGCCCCACUCUGAUUGUAACUGUGGGACUUCCUGCCAGAGGAAAGACCUACAUCUCCAAGAAGCUUACUCGAUAUCUCAACUGGAUCGGCGUGCCCACUAGAGAGUUCAAUGUCGGACAGUACAGGAGAGACUUUGUAAAGAUCUAUAAGUCCUUUGAGUUCUUUCGUCCAGACAAUGAGGAGGGUUUGAGGAUACGAAGACAAUGCGCAUCAGCUGCUUUGAAUGAUGUCCGGCAGUAUCUUACGAGCGGAGGACAAGUUGCUGUUUUUGAUGCAACAAACACCACUAGAGAAAGAAGGGAUACCAUUCUCCAGUUUGCUGAACAAAAUGGGUUUAAAGUGUUCUUUGUGGAAUCUGUAUGCGAAGAUCCAGACGUCAUACAAGAGAACAUUGUCCAAGUCAAACUCGGUAGUCCGGAUUACACCAAUUGUAACUCAGACGAUGCAGUGGAAGACUUUAUGAAGAGAAUUAAAUGUUAUGAAAACUCGUAUGAAACACUGGAUGAAGUAUUGGACAGAGAACUCUCCUACAUUAAAAUCUUCGACGUCGGUCAGCGUUACCUGGUGAACCGCGUAUUGGACCACAUCCAGAGCCGGAUCGUGUACUACCUCAUGAACAUACACAUCACACCUCGCUCCAUUUACCUGUGUCGCCAUGGUGAGAGUGAGCUAAACGUUAAGGGACGCAUCGGAGGGGAUUCAGGCCUCACUCCCAGAGGCAAAGAGUUUGCGAAGAAGCUCAGCCAUUUCAUCCAGACCCAGGGCAUCAGCGACCUGAAGGUGUGGACUAGUCAAAUGAAGAGAACCAUCCAGACGGCAGAGGCGCUGAAUGUGCCCUAUGAACAGUGGAAAGUCCUGAAUGAAAUUGAUGCGGGAGUAUGUGAAGAGUUAAUGUAUGAAGAAAUCCAGGAGAACUACCCUCUGGAGUUUGCUUUGAGAGACCAGGACAAGUACCGCUAUCGCUACCCAAAGGGAGAGUCUUAUGAGGACCUAGUGCAGCGGCUGGAGCCAGUGAUCAUGGAGCUAGAGAGGCAGGAGAACGUUCUGGUCAUCUGUCACCAAGCCGUGAUGCGCUGCCUGUUGGCGUAUUUCCUGGACAAAACUGCAGAAGAGUUGCCGUACCUCAAGUGCCCGUUGCACACUGUGCUCAAGCUGACUCCAGUGGCCUAUGGUUGUAAAGUUGAAUCUAUCUGCUUAAAUGUGGAGGCUGUUGACACACACAGAGAGAAACCAGAGAAUGUGACCAUCCACCGUACAACAGAGGACGCACUACAGACCGUUCCUCCUCACUUCUGAUGCCGUCAGUCUGCUUCACUGGACUUUUGUCUCGAUCUCUACACUGCCUCCUCAUAGUGUCAAAUCUAUUGAUGUGCCUCCUCCACCUCUGCACCUUCUAUACUGAAGUCGUUCAUUGUUUUAGGAGAGUGUUAGAUCCUCAGUGUUCAUAUUUAUAUUUUACUUGUUGUGGUGCUCAGCAAAGGUUAAUAUAUCCACUUAUCUUUGUAGACACAAGGCUUUAAGCAACUCUCUGGAGUUUAAAAAAUAUGUCACUUUACUGCCACAUGUUCACUGACUGCGUGCAAUUUCGAGGCCUGACCUACUUUUAAAACAAUGUAUUGUGAUUGAACCGAUCAUUAUCACUGUGUUUUUACAGUGACUUAGUUUUACAUGUGUAUUUUAUUAGACUAAAUUUCAGUCAUUGUUUGUGAAUUCAUUUAAACAAUUAAACCCAUGUACACUGUAUCUGCACUCUGAAGGAAUAAAGAUCUGUUAUUUUUAUAGAAUUCACGUUCCAUUACAUACACUAAUAGUACACUGUUAUAUGUUGGUGCAAAUAUGUCCAUUCUUCAUAAUCAAAAUGUUUAAAAUGACCUGAUUUUGUUAUAUUUAUUCAACUACACCAAAAAUCCUGUAACUGUAGACAUUUAUAAUUCAAGGUAAAGAUUUUUUUGCAAGACAGCAACAUAACUGGCUUGUGAAUACAUUAAAUGACUAGCUGUCUUCCUGUGAACUCUGUGGUCCAGUAACAAUCUUUGUGAGCAACUCUUGGCUAAAAAUACUUUGAAAACCUCAGAAAGUGAGAAGUGGUGAAAUGUCAGCAUUUCCU